AUGCACAUGAUAAAGUUAGUGGAUGUCAACGAAACCAAUAUAGGGGAGAUCCACUUCAACUCACCUGUCUCCGAACGCGACAAGCAGAUUAUCAACGUAAUUUGCACAUGGGCGGGAGGAUCACUCCAUUAUGCUCAGGUCGCAUCUCAAUUGGAACGCACAGGAAGCAGUUCAGAAGUCUUCGCUAGGCAACGUCGUCUGAAUUCAUUCCUAUUGGACGUGGCGAAAAGCAUUUUUCAAGAUAUUGUAUCAAUGGAUACUGUAAUCAUCAAAGUGAUGAAUUUCGCGGCCAAAUUGGUUGAAGCGGAUCGAGCGUCGUUAUUCCUUGUGGACAGUAAAAACCACGAACUGUACGCUAGAAUUUUUGACGUUGGCAAAGAUGGCGAAGAACUUGAAAAAAUCAAUAAAGAAGGACAUAAAGAGAUUCGAUUCAGCAUGGAUCGAGGGAUUGCUGGUCAUGUGGCGUCCACGGGUGAAGGCCUGAACAUCGAAGAUGCCUACGAAGACACCGAUUUUCAAAGGCCCGAAAAUGACUCAAAAACCGGCCUACACACAAGACCAUGCCUCUGCAUGCGAUUGUCAUACGUGGAAGGUAACUCAGUGGAUAAGACCGCCUUCAUACUCAACUCAACACCUGGUAUGGUGAACAAACGUGAAGGUGUGUUCACAAAAUCCGACGAGGACAGUUUCGAGAUGUUCGCCGUCUAUUGCGGCUUAGCACUACAUCAUGCGAAGCUCUACGAUAAAAUCCGGCGAUCCGAACAGCUCCUCGAAGUCUUGGCCUACCACAGCGUCUGUAACAAAGAUGAAGUGGCAAAACUACAAAAGAUGGAGAUCAAAGAUCGUGUGGAGGAAUUGGAGACGUUUGAGUUCAACUAUUUACGGAUGUCUGAACUUGAAAAACCUCUCUAUGCCAUUGCAAUGUUCAAGACACUUUUCCAAGAA